CAUGAUAUCAAAUUAAUAAAGUAAUUUAUUAUGAACGCAGAAAACCUCCUAUUGGCACUAAGUACUUUAAAAACUUUUUUUUAAUCUCCAGAUUCGAGAGCAAAAUCGAUACGACUUAAAGACUGCAGGUCCACAAUCUCAGUUGCUUGCUGGAAUUGUAGUGGAUAAAAAGCCAAGUGCUCCCAUGCAGUUUGAAGAAGAUGAGCAUACCCCACCAGCACCUCCUAACCCAUUCAGUCAUCUCACCGAAAAGGAACUGGAAGAGUACAAGCAGACAAUCGAACGCAAACAACAAGGCACUGAGGAUGCUGAUCAGGAGUUAUUCUCAGAUGAUGGGUCCUCUGUUUCCCAAAUUAACUCUCAAACUCAGUCCCCACAAAAUGCCCCUGACAAAUUAGAAGAAAAUAAUGACAAUUACCUACAGGAUCCUAACCUCAUCUCUUUGGAGCUCCCAGUUGUAGUUAUGAAUGGCAAAGAAGAUAUACAUGAUGUGGAAGAGGAUCUUGCCCAGAGAGUCAGCCAAUUAACCACUAGUACUGUAGAGAAUAUAGAGAUUACAAUUAAGACUUCUGAAAAGAUUGAAGAGGCCCUUUCUCCUGAAGGCUCUCCUUCCAAAUCACCAUCGAAGAAGAAGAAGAAAUUCCGUACUCCAUCCUUCCUGAAAAAAAACAAAAAGAAGGAAAAGGUGGAGGCCUGAGGCUUCACUGACACUUUAAUCAUACAUCUAAUCAGUUGUUAAAAUGGUCAAGUAGGGUUAUGCAAGAAACUGGGCCUUAACCUAAGUACAGAACUGGAAACAAUUACAUAGAAACUGGGCUUUUUGAUCAAUUAAAUGAAGAAUUCAUCUCUUAAUUAGUACAAAUAAAAAGUAUUAUGAGAGUUUUAAGUACUGAGUAGUUCCACCACAAACUAACACUGGCAGUUGAUUCAAUAUAACACCACAGUAAUUUCAGAUACCCCUAUCUAGCAAGUUACACAUGAAGACUUUUGUUGAUUAAAAUAUCUUCAGCAAUUUCACUAUUGGAUGAUCAGAUAGUGUUUGUUUUUAACCUACUGCCACAUUAUAUAAUUGGGUGAUGCUUUUUGGAUUAUGAUCUUGAUUAUGGCAUUUGUUUUGUCCCUGCCUCAAAGGGUGUCUCUCAUCACACCAUCUCAAACCUUGGUCAUUUAAUUAUAUAGUGGCACGUAAUUUUAGAAGGGGAAACUGUAAAAGGAAUUGCAUUUGGAAUUUUACAGACUCUGAAAAGGUUGCAUUCAUCAAUAAUAACUUUUGCCAAAUAAUUCAUUUUAGUAAGAUAGAAUUUUUGAAAACUUUUUUUAUUCUAUCAGUUGGGGGCAGGGAGAAAGCCCUUAUUUUUCAAUAAAGGGGGUUUUAUACACUUAACAUUGAUAACUUCGUUUAACUAUGGCAAAACAGAAAAAGAAUUUUAUAUGUUGAAAUUUUUGUAUACCAUUCAAUAUAAAGUAUUAUAGGCAUGUAAACCAAGCAUUUAACAGUAGAAUGUAUUUAAGGAUGCUUGGUGUAGAGUAUACUUAAAUAUGAUUCAUGAAUCCAGAACUUCUGACAUCAGACAUUAAGAGCAUAUAAAUUUACUGGAUUCAAUUCUAAAUCUUAUAUUUUUUUCUCAUAAUAUUGCUAUUGAAUGAAGAAAAAUAAUCUUGAUAACAUAUGAUCAUCCAGAUCAGUUGUGUCCUAGUUUCAUUUAGCCUUUCUGAAUUAUUUUUGCAGAAAUUUCAGUUGAAAUCUCAAGGUAUGAGAUAGAGUACAGGUGAUAAGGCUACAGGAUGGCAAAACAAGGGGAUGAAAAGUUAUAUCACUGGCCAGCAAAAUGUCAUUGAUAGUGUAGUACUUGUGGCACUCUUGAAGUCACAUUCUGACAUCCCUCUAACAAGCAGUAACCCCAGUAGCUGGGAAAAGUUUAUAUUGCUGGCAUGACCCUAUAUUGCCAUUUGAGUGCAAGGAUAUGUGGAUCCCAGGAAACGAUUUGGAUGCAACUGCAUUUAUGUUGCACUAUAAACUGAUCAUCUGGAAAGGACCAUAAGAAAAUAAAAGAGACAAAACUGGAAAAGGGAAAGUGAGAUGGAAAGAAUAAGGGAGUGGAAGAAAAAUGAGUAGUAGUUUGUGGAUUAUUUUUCAUAAAAUACAUGGCAUGAAUUGGGGGUAUUUUUAUUAAAUUGAUGGAACAUCUGUUUUAUAUUUUAAAAUUACAAUAGAUAUUAAUAGGAUCAUUUUAAUCUACGUUUUGCCUUCUCAAUGAAUCUUAGAGCAAAUUAGUGCUGAUUUGUAAGUGCUGAUCCUGCCAUUUGUUCUUUUUGCUGGUAGUUUUAUUUUGCUUUGAGUUAAAAAGAAAAAGAAAACAAAUCUGUAAAUACACACUAAACAUGAAAAUGAACUAUGGCCUUUGUACAUCAGUAGGCACAAGAAGAAGUGCAUCUCAAAUGUUAAUGUGACUCCCAGAUUGCCAGUUGAAAUAUAUUACCAUAUAUAGAUGGUUCAGUAUGGCUGGGAUGUGAUUUGGCAUGCAAAAAUUGAGUAUAGCAUGUUACAGGGCUGGUUAGCUUUGACUGUGUAAGUGUGGCAGUGCAGCGCAGAAGUGAAUCUGGAAAUGAUAUUUUAAAUAUCUCAAAAUACUGGAAUCAGUGUGUUCUCUUAAAAAAUAGUGGGACUCUCUAAGUUGCUUAACUUUUUUAUGUUCUACAUUUUUGUGUUGUAUUACAACAUAUGUAGAAAAGUAACCUGUGAACUAUGCUUUUCAUAACUUUAAAAUCUAUAUCUAAAUGAAUGCAAUGUGCAUAAAUAUUUUUUAAAAAUGCAACCGUGAACUAUUUGCACCUUUUUUCGCUAAUGCCUCUAUUUACUUGCUUUGGCAUAAGAAUGAGCCAGCCAACUGUGUCCUGUGGAAAAAGAUAUAUAAAUGUUGUUGGAAAUUGCUUAUAGAUGUAAUGCUAAUUAAUGUUAAAUCACAAAUAAACAGUAUUUUAAGUAGA